AUGAUGUUUCAGGGACUAGCCAUAAUUGCGUUCAAUAAAGAUAACCUUACUUCUCGGCAGACCUUGCUUAAAAUUCUCAGCUUGGGUCCGACUUUCGUAGUGAUGAAGUUUUCUGAGAGUGUUCUGGAUGCUAUCAUGAUGUUUGGUGCCUAUUCCACAACAAGGCGGCUGGCUGUUGCUCGCAUUUUUCUCCGUUUCAUUUGGUUUGGCCUUGCUUCCGUCUUCAUAUGUUUCCUCUAUGUGAAAUCACUUCAAGCACCGAAUUCUGAUUCAGUCAUAUUCAAGCUUUAUGUGAUUGUCAUAGCCAUAUAUGCUGGUGUUCAGUUCUUUUUUAGCAUCCUGAUGCGUAUCCCAACUUGUCACAACAUUGCUAAUAAAUGUGACCGGUUUCCUGUGAUUCAAUUCUUUAAGUGGAUGCGCCAGGAGAGGCACUAUGUUGGUCGUGGCAUGUAUGAAAGGACAUCUGAUUUUAUAAAGUACUUGCUGUUUUGGCUUGUCGUUCUGUCUGCAAAGUUCUCAUUCGCGUACUUUCUUCAGAUUGAGCCGCUUGUUGGUCCAACAAGGAUUAUAGUGAAACAAAAUAACAUUCCGUAUUCCUGGCAUGAUUUUGUGUCGAGUAAAAACUAUAAUGCUCUGACUGUUGCCAGUUUAUGGGCUCCUGUGGUCGCUAUAUACCUAUUAGACAUCCAUAUAUUCUACACCAUUAUCUCUGCUUUUUUGGGGUUCUUGCUUGGUGCGCGAGAUCGUUUGGGAGAGAUAAGAUCUUUAGAUGCUAUUCACAAACUCUUUGAGGAAUUUCCAGGGGCCUUUAUGAAGGCUCUUCAUGUCCCUCUUACCAAUCGGACUUCUGAUCCUUCUUAUCAGGCUGUGGAUAAGAACAAAUUAGAUGCAGCACACUUUGCUCCAUUUUGGAACCAAAUAAUAAAAAGUCUACGAGAGGAAGACUACAUCACUGAUUUUGAGAUGGAACUGCUCCUGAUGCCCAAGAAUUCUAGUAGGCUCCAAUUGGUUCAGUGGCCACUUUUUCUUCUUUCCAGCAAGAUAUUAUUGGCCAAAGAGAUUGCUGCUGAGAGUAAUUCACAAGAGGAGAUUCUGGAGAGGAUUGCAAGGGAUGAGUAUAUGAAGUAUGCUGUUGAGGAAGUCUAUCACACCCUUAAAUUUGUCCUUACAGAAACUCUGGAAGCCGAAGGGAGGAUGUGGGUGGAAAGAAUUUACGAAGACAUUCAGGCCAGCAUAAAGGAGAGAAAUAUACAUCAUGAUUUUCAGUUGAACAAACUCUCCCUUGUUAUCACGAGAGUCACUGCGCUCUUGGGAAUCCUGAAAGAAAAUGAAACACCGGAGCACGCAAAAGGGGCCAUCAAAGCACUCCAGGAUCUAUACGAUGUUAUGCGGCUUGACAUAUUAACUUUUAAUAUGAGAGGUCACUAUGAAACGUGGAACAUGCUAACUCAAGCCUGGAAUGAAGGUCGGCUUUUUACAAAGUUGAAAUGGCCUAAAGAUCCUGAGAUGAAAGCUCUCGUCAAAAGAUUGUACUCUCUAUUUACCAUCAAAGACUCUGCAGCGCAUGUUCCUAGAAAUCUCGAGGCCAGACGCAGGCUGCAAUUCUUCACUAAUUCUCUUUUCAUGGAUGUGCCACCACCAAAGUCUGUCCGCAAGAUGUUAUCCUUCAGUGUCUUCACUCCAUAUUAUUCUGAGGUUGUGCUAUACAGCAUGGCUGAACUCACUAAGAGAAAUGAGGAUGGAAUAUCAAUCUUGUUUUACCUUCAGAAAAUUUAUCCAGAUGAGUGGAGAAAUUUUCUAGCACGUAUAGGACAGGAUGAAAAUGCGUUAGAAGGCGAUCUAAAUAAUGAGAGAGACAUACUUGAACUUCGAUUUUGGGCUUCUUACCGUGGACAAACGUUAGCUAGAACAGUUCGGGGGAUGAUGUAUUAUAGGAAAGCUCUCAUGCUUCAGUCUUAUCUGGAAAGAAAUGCUGGAGGAGACAUGGAGUCCGGACUUUCUGGUAAUUACACAAUGGAUGCUGAAGGAUUUGAGUUAUCUCCUGAAGCAAGGGGCCAAGCAGAUUUAAAGUUUACAUACGUUGUCACAUGCCAAAUAUAUGGAAGACAGAAAGAAGAUCAAAAACCUGAAGCUGUUGACAUUGCUUUGCUAAUGCAAAGAAAUGAAGCCCUUCGCAUUGCUUAUAUCGAUAUUGUUGAUACUCCGAAAGAGGGUAAAUCUCACACAGAGUAUUAUUCAAAGCUUGUGAAGGCCGACAUCAGUGGAAAGGAUAAGGAAAUUUACUCCAUAAAGUUGCCUGGGGACCCGAAACUUGGUGAAGGCAAACCUGAGAAUCAAAACCAUGCCAUUGUGUUUACACGCGGAAAUGCAAUCCAAACUAUUGAUAUGAAUCAGGAUAAUUAUUUUGAAGAAGCCUUGAAGAUGAGAAAUCUUUUGGAGGAAUUUGAUCGGGACCAUGGAAUUCGACCUCCCACCAUUCUUGGAGUUAGGGAACAUGUAUUUACUGGAAGUGUCUCGUCCUUGGCCUCUUUCAUGUCCAAUCAAGAAACCAGCUUUGUAACUCUUGGUCAACGAGUAUUGGCGAAACCAUUAAAGAUCCGCAUGCAUUAUGGUCAUCCAGAUGUCUUUGACAGAGUUUUCCAUAUUACACGUGGUGGUAUCAGCAAGGCCUCUCGGAUUAUCAAUAUUAGUGAAGAUAUUUUUGCUGGUUUUAACACAACUCUACGUCAAGGGAAUGUUACUCAUCAUGAGUAUAUUCAGGUUGGCAAAGGGCGAGAUGUGGGGCUCAAUCAAAUAGCUCUAUUUGAAGGGAAGGUUGCUGGUGGGAAUGGUGAACAGGUUCUUAGUCGGGAUGUAUACAGACUUGGCCAGCUCCUUGAUUUCUUUCGAAUGAUGUCAUUCUACUUUACAACUGUUGGGUUCUACUUCUGUACGAUGCUGACGGUGCUUACAGUGUAUAUUUUCUUAUAUGGGAGGGCAUAUCUGGCACUUUCUGGAGUUGGAGCUACUAUUCGAGAAAGAGCUAUUCUUCUGGACGAUACUGCACUUAGUGCCGCCCUGAAUGCUCAGUUUCUGUUGCAAAUUGGUGUCUUCACUGCUGUGCCAAUGGUUUUGGGCUUUAUUUUGGAACAGGGUUUUCUCCAGGCCAUUGUCAGUUUCGUAACAAUGCAAUUUCAGCUAUGUACUGUCUUCUUCACAUUUUCCCUUGGCACAAGAACCCAUUAUUUUGGACGGACAAUUCUCCAUGGUGGUGCAAGGUACCAAGCCACUGGAAGAGGCUUUGUCGUCAAGCAUAUCAAAUUCUCUGAAAACUACCGGCUUUAUUCCAGAAGUCAUUUUGUCAAAGCGAUGGAGGUUAUUCUCUUAUUGGUUGUCUACCUUGCGUAUGGCAAUGAUGAGGCUGGUGCAGUUUCCUACAUUCUUCUGACCGUUAGCAGCUGGUUUCUGGCUGCUUCUUGGCUUUUUGCUCCCUACCUGUUCAACCCUGCCGGAUUUGAGUGGCAAAAAGUCGUGGAAGACUUCAAAGAAUGGACAAACUGGCUCUUUUACAGAGGUGGAAUUGGUGUGAAAGGAGCUGAAAGCUGGGAAGCAUGGUGGGAAGAAGAACUGUCUCACAUCCGGACCUUGAGCGGGAGGAUAAUGGAGACUGUUUUAAGUCUACGGUUCUUCAUCUUCCAGUAUGGAAUUGUCUACAAACUGGACCUACAAGGAUCAGACACAUCACUUGCGAUUUAUGGUUGGUCCUGGGCUGCAUUGGCGAUAAUUAUAGUUCUCUUCAAGGUCUUUACCUUCAGCCAGAAGAUAUCUGUCAACUUCCAGCUUGUGCUGAGGUUUAUACAAGGCCUGGUCUUGUUGGUGGCUCUAGCUGGGAUAGUCGUAGCAGUUGUACUCACAAAUCUGUCAGUGGUGGACAUAUUCGCUUGCGUACUGGCGUUUAUACCGACAGGAUGGGGAAUCCUCUCUAUUGCUUGUGCUUGGAAGCCGAUCGUGAAGCGAAUCGGAAUGUGGAAAUCGAUCCGUUCCCUAGCGAGACUGUAUGAUGCAGGAAUGGGAAUGCUCAUAUUCCUUCCCGUUGCGCUCUGCUCCUGGUUCCCUUUCGUCUCCACUUUCCAGACACGUAUGAUGUUUAACCAGGCGUUUAGUCGUGGUCUGGAGAUCUCUCUCAUCCUCGCAGGAAACAAUCCCAACUCUGGACUUUGA